AGUCGCUCCGCUCUCUCGGUCAUGUGACCUUAACGUAACCGGACAGGAAAAGCCCCGCCGCCGCCGCCGCGCCGGAGACACCGACCGCGGCGGCAGCAGCAGCAGCGAGCGAGCGAGCGGCGGGGAGGACAGCGCGGCCGACGCGGCCCAGCGGCGCCUCCUGCACGCUCCCCGCCGACAGAUUUUUUAAAAAAUGGAUUUGGCCAACCAUGGACUUAUUCUACUGCAGCAGUUAAACGCGCAGCGGGAGUUUGGGUUCCUGUGUGACUGCACGGUUGCAAUCGGCGAUGUGUACUUCAAGGCACACAAAUCAGUUCUUGCUUCAUUCUCCAAUUACUUUAAGAUGUUGUUUGUCCAUCAGACCAGUGAGUGUGUCCGUUUGAAGCCCACUGACAUUCAGCCCGAUAUUUUCAGCUAUCUCCUGCACUUGAUGUACACUGGGAAGAUGGCGCCCCAGCUCAUCGACCCUGUCCGUCUGGAGCAGGGGAUCAAGUUCCUGCACGCCUACCCGCUGAUCCAGGAGGCGAGCCUGGCCAGCCAAGGAACCUUCUCGCACCCUGAUCAGGUUUUCCCGCUGGCUUCUUCCUUGUAUGGCAUCCAGAUUGCCGAUCACCAGCUGAGACAAGCCACCAAGAUCCCUGCUGUCCCUGAGAAGCUUGGGCGAGACCCAAGGCCUCAGGCUGCCAGGAUGAGCCAGGAGCCAGUGCCCGAGGCCUCCCAGCUCUCCCAGCUGCCUCCCAACCUGGCCCAACUGAAUCGGACAAACAUGACUCCCUCAGACCCACUGCAGACCUCACUGUCCCCGGAACUGGUUUCCACUCCCGUCCCUCCCCCUCCUCCUGGAGAGGAGACCAAUAUGGAAGCCUCAUCGUCUGACGAGCAGCCUGCAUCCCUCACGAUCGCCCACGUGAAGCCAAGCAUCAUGAAGAGGAACGGAAGCUUCCCCAAGUACUACGCCUGCCACCUGUGCGGCCGACGCUUCACCCUGCGGAGCAGCCUGCGAGAGCACCUGCAGAUUCACACCGGGGUGCCUUUCCCGUCCAGCCAGCAGGGCGAGAGCCGCGUGCCCCUGGCCCUCUGCAGCAAUGCAGCGGACCUCGGCAAGGACCCCUUGGAAGUGCCUGAGGCGGGCAUGAUCAGUGACAGUGAACUGCAGCACGUGUCCGACUCCCCAGUCAUAGACGGACAGCAGCAGUCGGAGACUCCACCGCCCUCCGACAUCGCUGACAUUGACAACCUGGAGCAGGCCGACCAGGAGCGGGAGGUGAAGAGGCGGAAGUACGAGUGCACCAUCUGCGGACGCAAAUUUAUCCAGAAGAGCCACUGGCGGGAGCACAUGUACAUACACACCGGGAAGCCUUUCAAAUGUAGCACUUGUGACAAGAGUUUCUGCAGGGCCAACCAGGCUGCCCGCCACGUGUGCCUCAACCAGAGCAUCGACACCUACACCAUGGUGGACAAACAGACCCUGGAGCUGUGCACGUUCGAGGAAAGCAGCCAGAUGGACAACAUGCUGGUACAGACCAACAAGCCCUACAAGUGCAACCUGUGUGACAGAACAUUCUCGACCCCCAGCGAGGUGGUGAAGCAUCCAUGCCAAAACCAGAACUCGGAUGUUUUUGCCCUGGGGGAGGGACGCUCCAUUCUGCUGGGCAGCGGGGACUCCGAGGUCACGGAAGCUGAACACCCGGGCUUAGCUUCCAUCAAAAAGGAACAGGAGACUGUAUUAUUGGACUGAAUGUUACUUACCUUUUUAAAACAAACGAAAAACUUGUUUUUACAAAGACCACCUUCCCUCCCUCCCCUUAGUCCCCAAAUCAGAACUGAAGUUCUCCAUGGCAUGAUACUCACAGGUCCCUGCUCCCUUCUCCCCUUCCCCGUCCUCUCUUCCCCCUUCUGCUUGCCCCCAGCCCCACCUCUGUAAAAGGCUUUGUGCAUUAUAAACCUGGAAUAUAUUGACUUUAAUUCAGGGGAAAUUGGAAAGAUAACGGUCCAUAGUACUCACCAACUCCGGGAGAUGUGGAGAGGCAUCCGGUUGUUUGAAAGCAUCCUUGGAACUAAUGAAGGGUACAUAACGAACCAAAACAACCGGAAUGCAAUUUGGUAAAGGAAAACUCAUGGCUUUUCCUUGGGUAGUAAGUCUUCCUUCUGAGAAAACCAGUGUCCAAAAAAACACAGUAUUCUUCUGGAAGUGAGGCCGGGCCCUGUAACUAUGCAAAAAUCUAGAAGGGGCGGGGACGCUUUCCGCCCGAGACAGCGCUCUCCACGCUCCAACGCCCUCCAGGUGUGUCACUGCGGAGUGCUUCCUGUGAGAUUAUGUCCAGUUCAGAAAAAAAAAAAAAAUCACUCAUUAAGAAAUCUACCUUAACAAAAGAAAAAAGAAGUAAUAAUGUGAUGGCAAUCUUAAUUUGUGGGGAAAACAUGACAAGCUGUGAGUUUGUGUGUUUGCAAGAGGAGACGUGUGGGUGUUGGCUGACAACAGGUGACUUAAUGCACACGCCUUAUCUAAGCACUGGCUUCCUUCCAACUGGAACAACAGAAUGCUGUACUUCCCAUUUCUGACCAAUCUGUUGUUUUCAAAAUCAGAUUUCAAAGUACCAUUCUAUCGAUUGUGUUUCUGAAUAGAAAUGGCUGUGCCAUUUGCUAGCAGUCGCCAGCGGUAAAUUCAUUUUAGUACCAAGCAGCUGCGUGUACUGCAGGGAAAACCUGUGUGUGCGCUACAGGGAGAAGAUGUAGGAAUGUGGGAGUGUCAAAGGGCAAAUGGCCAGCAGAGGUCACUUCGGUCACUUUUCCCAGUCAGCACUGAUAGUUCCCUGCAGCAUCCGUGAAGCACCGAAUUGGCAUGGAGAAAUCAGGACCCCCC